AUGAAACUCACCGUGAUCUUUCUCCACCUCUCUUCCCUCUUCCUCCUCGUCUCUUCGACGGACGGCGCCCCGGCAGUCCUCGACAUCGAAGGGAACGAGGUAAGGCGGGGGAUCACGUACUACGUCCUGCCCAAUAAUGGCACUGGCGGGGGACUCACAGCCAGUGGUCGCAACGCCACUUGUCCACUGUACGUGGGAAAGGCGAGCUCCGAGACGGACCCCGGUGUCGCCUUGAUCUUCUUCCCCCUCGAGCAGAGCAGCGACGCCCUGUCGGAGGCAUCGGACACGAACAUCGCCUUCUCUUCCUCCCCCCUGUGCGCGCAGUCGAUGGUGUGGAAGCUUCAGGGAGGCGUUAGCGAGGGCGCAAGCCGUGUUUAUGUGGGGUUGGACGGCACCUUGGGGAACCCUGGCGUGGCGACGGUAUCCAACUGGUUCAACGUAAGGAAGGCCGAGGAGGGAGGCUAUAAUCUCGUGUUCUGCCCAGGAGUGUGCGAGGUGUGCAGGGUCAUCUGUGGCGACCUGGGCCUCUUCGUGGAGGACGGGAAGACCUGGCUUGGUCUCAGGGGAUCCUCGUUCUCGGUCGUCUUCAAGAAGGUCUAG